AUGGCAGCAGCUGCAGCUGCGCCACCGUCCCCUCAUGCAGUCGGCACCUAUGAGCCGAUCGACGAUGUGAAUGCCCCAUACAUUCAAGAAAUCGCAAGGUAUGCAUGUAUUGAGUACAACAGGAGACAAGGGCAUUCCUCUACGCCCUAUGUAUACCAGAAAGUGGUGAGUGGGGAGCGGCAGGUGGUGAGUGGAACUAACUACAAGCUCAUAUUAAAUGUCACCAUCAACAAACAAAUUCAUAACUAUGAGGUCAUCGUGUAUGACAAGCCAUGGGAGAGCUACAGAAACCUUACGUCUUUCAAUCCCUUCGUAUUUUUAGGCGGCUAUCAGCCGAUCAAAAAUUUGAGUGACCCAUACAUUUCUGAAAUCGGAAGGUAUGCAUGCAUUGAGUACAACAGGAAAAACCCGAAUCCUACACCACUUGUAUUCAAGAAAGUGGUGAGUGGGGAGGAACAGGUGGUGGCUGGAACUAACUACAAGCUCAUAUUGUACACGAAACGCGGCAGUCUAAAUCUAAACUAUGAGGUCAUCGUGUAUGACAAGCCAUGGGAGAGCCACAGAGAACUUACGUCUUUAAAGAUCUACCACAAUUAA